AAGAUGGUUUGAGAAGUGGCAGCCCUGCCUCGCCAGUAGCAGACUCCGUGGGAAGGAGGCACCGGAAUGCUCCUUCUUCCGCUCAGCCCGCCCCUUCCCACCCUGUGUCAGCCUCUUCCAGACAAGGAAGGGUGUGGCAGGUGGAGAGAGCUCUCAGAACGCUCCUGAGCCUGUAGCAGCUGCUGAGACCCUCGCCGAGGUACCUGACCAUGUACUUCGAGGCCUUCCAGAGGAAGUGAGGCUUUUCCCAUCUGCUGUUGACAAGGCUCGGAUCGGUGUCUGGGCCACUAAACCAAUUUUAAAAGGCAAAAAGUUUGGGCCAUUUGUUGGUGAUAAGAAAAAGAGAUCUCAGGUUAAGAAUAAUGUAUACAUGUGGGAGGUAUAUUACCCAAAUUUGGGAUGGAUGUGCAUUGACGCCACCGAUCCAGAGAAGGGGAACUGGCUGCGAUAUGUGAAUUGGGCUUGCUCAGGAGAGGAGCAAAAUUUAUUUCCUCUGGAAAUCAACAGGGCCAUUUACUAUAAAACUUUAAAGCCAAUCGCGCCGGGCGAGGAGCUCCUGGUCUGGUACAAUGGGGAAGACAACCCCGAGAUAGCAGCUGCGAUUGAGGAAGAGCGAGCCAGCGCCCGGAGCAAGCGGAGCUCCCCGAAAAGCAGGAAAGGGAAGAAAAAAUCCCAAGAAAAUAAAAGCAAAGCAAACAAAACUGAAGACAUACAGGUGAAGACAAGUGAGCCAGGUUCCACCUCUGCCAACAUGAGAGAUCCUGCGGAAGGUCCCAAAGAAGAGGACGAGAAGCCUUCAGCCUCAGCGGCUGAGCAGACGGCUGUUCUUCAGGAGGUGGCUAACCAGGAUGCUCUUCCAGAACUAGAUGUCCCUGCCCCUGCCUGCGAGCCACGGACAGAACCAGAUGAGGAGCUGGAGGCCACAAAUUGUGAGGUGAAUGAUCUGGAGGAAGAGGAGGAGGAGGAAGAAGAUGAAGAUGAAGAAUUGGAAGAAGAGGGGGAAGAAGAAGCCGACACGCCAAAUGAAAGUUCUGUGAAAGAGCCAGAAAUACAGUGUGAUGAGAAGCUAGAAGAUUUAUUAGAAGAACCAAAAAAUACUUCAAAAGAAGCUCUUGAAGACUCUCCAGAGGUAACAUCUGUUAUCAAAAUUCCCAAAACUAAAGAAGAAGCCAAUGGUGAUGUAUUUGAAGCAUUUAUGUUUCCCUGUCAGCAUUGUGAAAGGAAGUUUACAACCAAACAGGGGCUUGAACGUCACAUGCAUAUCCACAUAUCGACAGUCAAUCACGCUUUCAAAUGCAAGUACUGUGGGAAAGCAUUUGGCACACAGAUUAACAGGAGGAGACAUGAGCGUCGCCAUGAGGCAGGGUUAAAGCGAAAACCCAGCCUCACACUCCAGCCAUCAGGAGACCCCGCUGAUGGCAAAGUGUCUGGAGACAGUGCUACUCCAAAAGAGGACUCAAGUCCUCCCAGUCUUGGGCAAGACUGUCUGAUCUUGAAUUCAGAGAAAGCUUCCCAAGAAACAGUAAAUUCUUCUGUUGUAGAAGAGAAUGGAGAAGUCAAAGAGCUUCAUCCGUGCAAAUAUUGUAAAAAGGUUUUUGGAACUCAUACUAAUAUGAGACGACAUCAGCGCAGAGUUCAUGAACGUCAUCUGAUUCCCAAAGGGGUGCGGCGGAAAGGAGGCCUCCUCGAAGAGCCACAGCCUCCAGCGGAGCAGGCCCCACCCGCUCAGAAUGUCUACGUACCAAGCACAGAACCAGAGGAGGAAGGGGAGGCAGAUGACGUGUACAUCAUGGAUAUUUCUAGCAAUAUUUCUGAAAACUUAAAUUACUAUAUUGAUGGUAAAAUUCAGACCAGCAGCAGCACGAGUAACUGUGAUGUGAUUGAGAUGGAGUCCAAUUCGGCAGACUUGUAUGGUAUAAAUUGUCUGCUUACUCCAGUUACGGUGGAAAUCACUCAAAAUAUAAAGACCACACAGGUCCCCAUAGCAGAUGAGCUUCCUAAAGAGCCUUCCAGCAGCACAAACAGUGAGGCCAAGAAACGGAGAACUUCUAGUCCUCCUGUGCUACCCAAAAUUAAGGCUGAAGCCGAGUCUGACCCUGUAGCACCCUCGUGUUCCCUAAGUCUGCCUCUUAGCAUAGCGACUCCAGAGGCCGUAUCUUUCCACAAAGAGAAAAGUGUGUAUUUGUCAUCGAAGCUCAAACAGCUUCUUCAAACCCAGGAUAAACUAACUCCUCCUGCAGGGAUUUCAGCAGCCGAAAUACCUAAGUUAGGUCCUGUUUGUGUGUCCGCUCCUGCUUCCAUGCUGCCUGCACUCUCGAGUAGGUUUAAGCGGCGGACCAGCUCUCCUCCCAGUUCUCCACAACACAGUCCUGCCCUUCGAGACUUUGGAAAGCCGAGCGAUGGUAAAGCAGUGUGGUCUGAUGGAGUUCUAAGUUCGAAAAAACCCAAAUUAGAAAGUCAUAGCAACUCACCAGCAUGGAGUUUGUCUGGGAGAGAGGAGAGAGAGAACGUGAGCCCGCCAUGCUUUGAUGACUAUAAGGGAUCUACAGAGUGGGCAGCCAGUUCUACUUUCAGCAAUGUGUGCAACCAGCAGCCACUGGAUUUAUCUAGUGGUGUAAAACAGAAGGCUGAGGGUGCAGGCAAGACUCCGCUCCAGUGGGAAUCUGUAUUAGAUCUCAGUGUGCAUAAAAAGCCAUGUAGUGACUCUGAAGGCAAGGAAUUCAAAGAAAGUCAUCUGGUCCAGGCAGCCUGCAGUGCUGUAAAGAAAAAGAAACCAACCACCUGCAUGCUACAGAAGGUUCUUCUCAAUGAAUACAAUGGCAUCGAUUUACCUGUAGAAAAUACUGCAGAUGUGACCAGGAGCCCGAGUCCUUGCAAAUCCCUAGAUCCCCAGCCAGAUCCUGACCUGGGUCCUGACUCUGGUUUAUCUGCCCCUGCUGUCGGGUCCCCACCGGAUGUUUCUCCUUCAUCACCUGCCCUGCAAACAUCUUCCCUUUCUUCCGGGCAGCUGCCUCCUCUCUUGAUCCCAACAAAUCCCUCUUCCCCUCCGCCCUGUCCUCCAGUGUUAACUGUCGCCACCCCACCCCCUCCACUCCUUCCUACCGUACCUCUUCCAGCUCCGUCUUCUGGCACGUCUCCUCCUCCAUGUCCCUCUCCACUCUCGAAUGCUGCUGCACAGUCCCCACUUCCACUUCUUUCGCCUACGGUGUCCCCCUCGCCAUCUCCCAUUCCUUCUGUGGAGCCGCUCAUGUCUGCUGCUUCACCUGGGCCUCCAACACUUUCCUCAUCUUCUUCCUCCUCUUCUUCAUCUUCAUUCUCUUCUUCAUCUUCUUCCUCUUCCCCUUCGCCACCCCCUCUCUCAGCAGUGUCAUCUGUUGUUUCCUCCGGGGAUAAUCUGGAAGCUUCUCUCCCCAUGAUAUCUUUCAAACAGGAGGAAUUAGAAAAUGAAGAUCUGAAACCCAGGGAAGAACCCCAGUCUGCAGCUGAACAGGAUAUUGUUCAGGAAACAUUCAACAAAAGCUUUGUCUGCAAUGUCUGUGAAUCACCUUUUCUUUCUAUUAAAGAUCUAACCAAACAUUUAUCUAUUCAUGCUGAAGAAUGGCCCUUCAAAUGUGAAUUUUGUGUGCAGCUUUUUAAGGCUAAAACUGAUUUGUCAGAACAUCGCUUUUUGCUUCAUGGAGUUGGGAAUAUUUUUGUGUGUUCAGUGUGUAAAAAAGAAUUUGCUUUUUUGUGCAAUUUGCAGCAGCACCAGCGAGAUCUCCACCCAGAUAAAGUGUGCACGCACCAUGAGUUUGAAAGUGGCACCCUGAGGCCCCAGAACUUUACAGAUCCCAGCAAGGCCCAUAUAGAGCAUAUGCAGAGUUUGCCAGAAGAUCCUUUAGAAACGUCUAAAGAAGAGGAGGAGUUAAAUGAUUCCUCUGAGGAGCUGUACACAACCAUAAAAAUAAUGGCUUCUGGAAUAAAGACGAAAGAUCCAGAUGUUCGAUUGGGUCUCAAUCAACAUUACCCAAGCUUUAAACCACCUCCAUUUCAGUACCAUCACCGAAACCCCAUGGGUAUUGGUGUGACGGCCACAAAUUUCACUACACACAAUAUCCCGCAGACUUUCACUACUGCCAUUCGCUGCACAAAGUGUGGAAAAGGUGUUGACAACAUGCCCGAGUUACACAAACAUAUCCUGGCAUGUGCUUCUGCUAGUGACAAGAAGAGGUAUACCCCUAAGAAAAAUCCAGUACCAUUGAAACAAACUGUGCAACCCAAAAAUGGUGUGGUGGUUUUAGAUAGCUCUGGGAAAAAUGCCUUCAGACGAAUGGGACAGCCCAAAAGACUGAACUUCAGUGUGGAACUCAGCAAAAUGUCAUCGAAUAAGCUCAAAUUAAGUGCAUUGAAGAAGAAAAAUCAGCUUGUCCAGAAAGCAAUCCUUCAAAAAAACAAAUCUGCAAAGCAGAAGGCCGACUUCAAAAACACUUCCGAGUCGUCGUCGCACAUCUGCCCGUACUGUAAUAGAGAGUUCACGUACAUCGGGAGCCUGAAUAAACACGCCGCCUUCAGCUGCCCCAAAAAACCUCUUUCUCCUUCCAAAAAAAAAGUUUCUCAUUCAUCCAAGAAAGGCGGGCACUCGUCACCUGCAAGUAGUGACAAAAACAGUGGCAGCGGCAGCCACCGCAGACGGACAGCGGAUGCAGAGAUUAAAAUGCAGAGCACGCAGGCUCCUCUGGGCAAGACCAGAGCCCGCAGCUCGGGCCCCGCACAAGCCCCACUGCCCUCCUCGUCCUUCAGGUCCAAGCAGAAUGUCAAAUUUGCAGCUUCGGUGAAGUCCAAAAAACCAAGCUCCUCUUUAAGGAACUCAAGCCCGAUAAGAAUGGCCAAAAUAACUCAUGUAGAGGGGAAAAAACCCAAAGCCGUGGCCAAGAAUCAUUCUGCUCAGCUCUCGAACAAGACAUCCCGGAGCCUGCACGUGAGGGUACAGAAGAGCAAAGCUGUCUUAAAAAGCAAAUCUGCUUUGGCCAAUAAGAAAAGAACAGACCGGCUCAAUGUCAAAUCUAGGGAACGGAGUGGGGGGCCAGUCACCCGAAGUCUCCAGCUGGCAGCUGCUGCCGACCCGAGUGAAAACAGGAGGGAGGACAGCAGUGGCAAGCAGGAGCUGAAGGACUUCAGCUACAGUCUCCGCCUGGCAUCCCGGUGCCCUCCACCCGCCGCCCCCUACAUCACCAGGCAGUGUAGGAAUGUCAAGGCCGCGGCUGCAGCCCAGUUCCAGGGACCCCUCUUCAAAGAGUAGACGCUUCGCCUGCUCCCUGACAGCACCUGAAGUGACCUGGAAUCAGUGAAGCCAAAGGGACGAGCCUUCUGCCCUGCAGGGAGGACCGACCUGUCCCAGUCGUACGAGCCUGCGAGAGCGUGUGCGUGUGCGUGUGCGUGCGGCCUUCAGACGGGGUCCGAGCCCCAGGCAGGCAGGAAGGCAGCGGACUCGGCAGGGAUGACACGUGGGUGCAGCCCCCGGACCGUGUCCUGCAGCGCAGCCUUCCUGUUGGGUGGGGCCUCUCCUACUAUGCAAUUUUUCAAGAGCUCCUUGAUCCUGCUUUUUGCUUCUCGAGUUGUCUUCUGCCGUGACGGGGACUUCGGUCUGGCCCAGGGUCAGCCCCAGCCCUGUCCAAGGAAGGCCUUCAGGCAGAGGCCAAGUUCCCCUUCCACGCCCCUCACCCCCACUCUCCCUCGCCCCCCAUCUCUGGGAAUCAAUACGUGUGGGCACGUUGGAGCCUCGCUGACCGGCCCUCUGGCCCCUUCUUUGCCCGAGCCACCUGAGCUGCUGGCUCUCGAGUUCUUUCCAGAUUUGAAAUUCCAGUCAGUCCAUGUGCACCUGGGAGAAGGCCCUCGUCCCAUUGAUAGAUCGGCUCCUCCCGUGAGAGCAGCAGGGAGGGGACGCCUGUAGGGGCAGAGGGAGGUCUCCCAUGUGCUUUGCCUCACUUGCCGGGACCAUCAACACCGUUAGUGUCUGAGCUUCUCAAUUAGCUGAAAAGGGAAACAAACAAAGAAAAAUUGGGCAAUGGAAAAUAAGUUGGAGGAUUGAAAAGCAAGGGGGGAAGAAAGAGAUUUCCAGAGGCCGUCGGUCGCCUGCCAGGGAAUGAGGGCGUCGGGUCCUGCCCGCUGCGGGCACAGCCCACGUCUCGGAGAAACGGGUGAGCUGAGCUAGGCGUCCGACUCAGUUCAGUGAGGGCCUUGGGUUUUGUGCCUUUGGGGCAGACCCCAGACUAGGAUGUCGGAGGCCACUCUGGCGCUGUUUUCUCAGCUCCAUUUCCAAUAGUGAUAGAUUAAGCCCAAAGUGGAACUUUGAAGAGGACCAGUGGUCACACGAAAAAGGGACUUUUUUUCAGGGCUACUACGGUUGGUCUUACAACUCUGUAAAUAUGUACGUAGACACUUUUAAAAGCACGUAUUUAUGUCCCUGACUGUAAAUGCCCCAUUUUUAAAGUUUUAUAACUUGUGUUAUUUAAUUACCCAGUCGACUGGCUGCAGCGUGGGGUCUGGUCGUGGUCCGGGAGCUCCUCACAUGGGCAGAACGAUGCCGCUCGUUGGCCCACGUCGCAGUCUCCCUAUUUCCCACCCAGCUAAAAACCGUUGUUUGUUUGAAAUUUUUGUAAACUGGAAUCCUUUUGCCCACUCCUAAAAUUAGCCCUCACAAGCAUGAAGAACUGUGGCUGUCCCUUAUCCUAACGAUAUGAUUUUGUCCCAUAAAUGUUGACGCUCACGAACUGUACCCCAGCCUCUCAGUUCUCGAGGGUUUUCCCCUUUUAGCAGCGAGGAAGGCUCACAAACCUAUAGCUUUCAAAGUCACCUUCAGCCAAUGGCAAAUUCUGGAAAAUGUCGUGGGGGACCUGGGGACACUCGUUUCUGGCACGCACAAACGUGCUGGUCAGCCUGCAACACCCUCAGACCAGCAGGAGAGUUGCCACGAGUGUUUCCAUCCUGAAAGGGGAGGGCGGUUCUUAAAGAGUGGUGUUUCCUGGUCAGUGAUGGUUCUCGCGCGUGCAUUUGGAUCACAGAAGAGGAUGGUUCUGUAUCUGCCAUGUGAAGAAAAUUAACAAUAAACGUGUGAAGCGCGAUUGUAAGGAA